AUGAAAACAUUUCUUCUUCUCCUAUUCUUUCUUGUAGCCUUGGCCAUAAAACCAGAAGGCAUUAACGGAGUCCAGCGCGUUAUCGGCGCCAUAUCUGAUUGUAACACUCGAGUAGGCAAAGAAGAAAGAGUAGCCAUGGAUAUGGCCAUUCAAUAUUUCAACACGCAGCACGAUCAAACAUUUCUUAUGCUGAGAUUGAAGUGUUCUAAACGUACGCCUUUACAGUCAGCUCUUGCAGCAAGACAUCUGAUCAAUAAGAACAAGGUGGAAGUGAUUCUUGGACCAAGAUCAUGGGAGGAAACAUCCACAGUCGCUGAGGUUAGUGAACGCUAUGAGGUUCCAAUUCUUUCAUUUGCCGAUUCUUGUCCACCGUGGGCGGCUGAACGUUGGCCGUUCCUCGUUCAAGCUGCGGCAGGGACACACGUGCAAAUGAUGGCAGUGGCUAAUAUAAUUCAAUCGUGGGGGUGGCGCCGGGUGAAUGUAAUAUAUGAGGACACAGAUUCAGCAGCCAAUGGAAUCAGUCCUUAUCUAUAUGGUGCUUUCCAAGCUGUUGGUGUCGAAAUUAGCUAUCUUUUACCCCUUCCUUCUUUUGCUGAUUCCUCUUUGUUGCACAAAAAAAUGGAAAAUCUGAAACAAGAGCAAUGUGUGGUAGGUUUGAGGAACUCUUUUCCUGAGACUGGACCUGAUUUCAAUAGUUUUUCGACAAGAUUUUAUGGGAUCUUUGGCCAGAAGUACCCCGAGGAAAAGCAUCACGAGCCUGGAAUCUUUGCUCUGCAGGCUUAUGAUGCCGUGUGGACAGUGGGAUUAGCAAUGAAUGAAGACAAGUACACUUUUUCGGGAUUUUCUGUGGAUGUGUUCAAGGAAACUGCAAGGCGUUUGAAGUACUACUCUCUACAAUACGAAUUCAUUCCUUUUGGAGGAGACUACACUGAUUUGGUAAAGAGAGUUCAAUCAAAGGAAUUUGAUGCAGCAGUUGGUGACAUAGCCAUAAUAUCAAAUCGAAGUGAAUAUGUAGAAUUCACGCACGCUCAUACGGAGACAGGACUAGUAAUGGUAGUGCCAAUUCUAUGGCAUUCAAGCAAAGUUUGGCUGUUUGUGAAGCCCUUCACAAAAGCCAUGUGGUUUCUCACAUUUUUCAUCAAUGUCUUCAAUGGAUUCGUCGUAUGGAGUAUUGAGCGAAAUUACUGCUCUGAACUAAGAGGACCAGUUCUGAACCAAAUAGGCACUCUACUUUGGUUGGCUUCUGCAACACUGUUCUCAUUACACGGUGAGAAAUUACAUAGCAAUUUGUCACGUAUGGCGACUGUGGUAUGGCUUUUUGUGGCUCUGAUCAUCACACAAAGCUAUACAGCCAGCCUUACCAGCAUGCUCACAGUGCAAAAUCUUAAACCAAAAAUAGCAAAUAUUGAGACACUAAAGAGCAAUAAUGCGGUGAUUGGCCACUCACAGAGGUCUUUCGUUAGGGGAUAUUUGGAGGGUCCUUUAGACUUUAAAUCAAGCAACAUCAGGAAUUUCACGUCAAUAGAUGAGUAUGCACAGGCUCUCAGAAGUGGUGCUAUUGCAGCAGCCUUUCUUGAAGCUCCUGUGGCUAAACUUUUCGUCGCCAAAUAUUGCAAGAGCUUCACCAUAGCUGGUCCUACUUACCAAGUUGGAGGAUAUGGAUUUGCAUUUCCAAAGGGAUCCCUUUUACUCCCUGACAUAGAUGAAGCAUUACUGAAUGUUCGUGAAAAUGGGAUGCUGAAAGAUUUGGAGCAGCGCUUAAUAGCUUCUGAGCAAUGUGUAGAUAUUCAAUCAGACAACGAAACUGCAAGUCUUAGCCCUCAGAACUUUUUUGUGCUGUUUAUAAUUACAGGAGUCACAUCAUCAACAUCACUUCUAAUCUACUAUUUUCGGGCAAAAGACAGAUAUGAGAAUUCCAUGGCUCAAUAUGAAGGGAUUUGGAUUACGAUAAUAAUGGCUUUGAAAAAGUUGGGAUAUCACAGAAGCAGACUUUCAAGAAAAGUAAGUGAUGUUGCUGAUGAAAAUCCCGGAAAUUCUCCAAAUAAUUCGCAUUCACGGCCACAAGUCUAG